CUACACUCCCCUCCUCCGCUCCCAUUCCCCCCAAAAAUCAUCACCCGGGAGCGCGCGACGCGACCCAACCACCGCCCUACCGGUCGCCGUCGUCGCCGGGGGGAAGGAAGCGUCGGCUGGGUGGGGGGUGCGGCGCGGUGGAGAUGGAGGCGGCGCUGGAGGCGGCGCGCGCCAAGGACACCAAGGAGCGGCUGGCCGGGGUGGAGAGGCUGCACGAGGCGCUGGAGGCCGCGGCGAGGCGCGGGCUGACGUCGGCCGAGGUGACGGCGCUGGUCGACACCUGCAUGGAUCUGACCAAGGACGGCAACUUCCGCGUCGCCCAGGGCGGGCUGCAGGCGCUCUCCGCCGCCGCGGUGCUCGCCGGCGACCACUUCAAGAUCCACCUCAACGCCCUCGUGCCCGCCGCCGUCGAGCGGCUGGGCGACGGCAAGCAGCCUGUCCGGGACGCCGCCCGGCAGCUGCUUGUCACCCUCAUGGAGGUUUCAUCACCGACAAUAAUUGUUGAAAGAGCUGGAAGUUAUGCAUGGACUCACAAGAGCUGGAGGGUGCGGGAAGAAUUUGUACGCACUGUUGCAACGGCUGUUGGCCUCUUUGCUUCUACAGAGCUACCUCUACAGCGCGUGUUGCUUUCACCUGUCUUGCAAUUGCUGAAUGAUUUGAAUCAAAGUGUCAGAGACGCUGCAAUCUCAUGUAUUGAGGAGAUGUAUAAAAAUAUGGGAUCUCAAUUCCAUGAAGAGUUGCAGCGCCAUAAUCUGCCUUCAUACAUGCUAAAGGAAAUAAAUUCAAGAUUGGAUAAAAUAGAACCAAAGGUUCGCUCAUCUGAUGGUGCUAGAAUGCAAUAUAAGGUUAUAGAAAGAUCUGUAAGUGCUAAUCCGAAAAGAGGCAGUCCAAGGAAAAAGGGCUCAAUGAGGGAAAGCACAUUAUUUGGAGGUGACUCGGAUAUUACCGAGAAACCAGUGGAUCCCAUAAGAGUUCAUUCAGAGAAAGAAUUACUUAGAGAAAUUGAGAAGAUUGCAUCUGCCCUUGAUCCGGAAAAGGACUGGUCUAUACGUAUUGCAGCAAUGCAAAGGAUUGAAGCCUUGGUAUAUGGAGGUGCAAUUGAUUACCCAUCAUUUCUUGUGCUCUUGAAGCAGCUAGUUCCUCCUUUGUCAGCUCAACUGUCUGACCGACGGUCUAGCAUAGUAAAACAGGUAUGCCAUCUACUUAAUAUACUAUCAAAAGAACUCCUUGGUGAUUUUGAACCAUGUGCUGAAAUAUUUAUUCCGGUACUUUUCAAGCUUGUUGUGAUAACUGUGCUUGUUAUUGCUGAAUCUGCGGACAAUUGCAUAAAAACUAUCCUGCGGAACUGCAAGGUUUCACGUAUUCUUCCACUUAUAGCUGACACGGCAAAGAAUGAUCGCAGUGCAGUCCUUCGUGCUAGAUGUAGUGAGUAUGCCCUCCUAAUAUUGGAAUAUUGGGCAGAUGCUCCUGAAAUACAACGUGCAUCUGAUAUAUAUGAAGAUCUAAUAAAAUGCUGUGUGGCUGAUGCAAUGAGUGAGGUUCGUGCAACUGCAAGAUCUUGCUAUAGGAUGUUCACAAAGACAUGGCCUGAGCGUUCACGUCGGCUUUAUAUGUCAUUUGAUCCUGCAAUACAGAGGAUGAUAAAUGAUGAAGAUGGGGGCCUGCACAAGCGGUAUCCUUCUCCGUCAUUGCGUGAGAAGGGUGUCCAACUUUCUCGUGUUUCAUCUCAUUCAACUGGUACACAUUUAGCUGGAUACAGCACUUCAGCUAUUGUUGCGAUGGACAAGAGUGCAGCUAUUUCUUCUGAAUCGUCUCUCUCAUCAAGAACUCUUCUGUCACAAUCAAAGACAACUGGUAGAAGCACUGAAAGAAGCAUAGAGAGUGUUCUCAACUCAAGCAAACAAAAGGUUUCUGCAAUUGAAAGUUUAUUGAAGGGUGUAAGCAUGUCAGGCAGGCAAAAUUUCUCCGCUAUGCGCUCAGCAAGCUUGGAUCUUGGAGUUGAUCCUCCAUCCUCUCGUGAUCCUCCUAUCCCACUUGCUGCAACUGCUUCGGACCAUCUGUCUUUGCAGAAUUCUGUAUUGCUGGACUCAUCCUUGCCAAGCAUUAGUAACACAAGAAAUGGUGGUUCACGCUUGGUAGAUACAGUGGCCAACAAAGAGCGGUCGAGGUCACCAUAUUUGAGUAGUCUAUCAUCUGAAUCAAUAUCAGGCUCAUCACUGCCUUAUGUGAGAAGCUCUUCUGGGAGGUCUCAAUAUGGUAGCACUAUGGACGAGAGUAAUGAUACAUGGCCAACCAGGCGGAUGCCACAGAUGCAGAUGGACAGACACUAUCUUGAUAUGAACUAUAGGGAAGCCAGCCACAGAAAUUUACACCAUAACCAGGUUCCACACUUCCAGAGGCCUCUUAGGAAGCAAGUGGCAUCAAGGGCUUCUGCAAGCUCGAGGCACAGUUUUGAUGAUGGUCAUAUCUCAUCUAGUGACAUGUCACGAUACACAGAUGGUCCAACAUCUAUAAGUGAUGCACUCUCUGAGGGCCUUAGUGCAAGUUCAGAUUGGGUAGCUAGAGUUGCGGCUUUUAAUUUUAUUCAGACACUAUUGCAACAAGGACAAAAAGGCAUUCAAGAAGUUAUGCAGAAUUUCGAAAAGGUCAUGAAGCUAUUUUUCCGUUAUUUGGAUGAUCCUCAUCACAAAGUUGCACAGGCAGCUUUCUCCACACUUGCAGAUAUCAUUCCAGCUUGCAAGAAACAAUUUGAGAGCUAUGUUGAAAGAAUUUUACCAUAUGUCUUUUCAAGACUUAUUGAUCCAAAGGAGCUAGUUAGGCAACCAUGUUCGUCAACCUUGGACGUUGUUGGCCGCACAUAUCCCAUUGACACAUUACUACCUGCGCUAGUACGUUCACUAGAUGAACAAAGGUCUCCAAAAGCAAAACUUGCUGUUCUUGAGUUUGCUAAUAAGUCAUUCAGCAGAUACAAAGCAGACUUGGAAGGUUACAGUAACAGUGGCUUUCUUAAGCUAUGGCUUUCAAAGCUAGCACCUUUAAUACAUGAAAAGAAUGCAAAAUUGAAGGAAACUUCCAUUUCUGGAAUCAUAGCAGUCUAUUCUCAUUUUGAUUCAACAGCGGUUCUAAAUUUUAUUCUAAGUCUGUCAGUUGAAGAACAAAACCUUGUGAGGCGAGCACUGAAACAAUAUACUCCUCGUAUCGAGGUUGAUCUGGUGAAUUACUUGCAGAGCAAAAAAGAACGCUCACGUCCCAAAUCUUAUGAUCAAGUUGAUUUUGGAAAUUCUUCUGAAGAUGGUUAUGCUAUGACGCCAAAGAAUAGCUAUGCAUUUGGACGAUUUUCUCCUAGUUCCCUUGAUAAUGUUACAGUGAAGAAGAUGAAUGUAUUGCAAGGAUCAACAUUCCUUGAUACUUCUACUGGCCGUACUUCCUCUGAUGUUAGCAUUGAUAAUGUUAAGCAAUGUUUUGAACCUUCUGAGGCUGAAGUUCUUACAGCUAGUAGGGAAUCAAAGAACAUUGCUCGCACAGUUGUAGAAGCUGCGCGUUCAUGGACAGAUUAUCCUGACAAAUCAGAUGCUACCAUCGAUGAUGAAAAUUCUACCAGUACUCCUCGUCUGGAGUUAAGCCGUCUUGUUGUUUCUGAUGUGCGCAGUGCUGCUAUUUCAACUUCUGUGGAGGGCAAUCAAGAGGGAAAUCCAUUUGUGGAGCUUAGUUCUGUGAAGACUAUCCCACACACCAGUAAUGGCCCUAGCAUCCCACAACUUCUUCAUCAGAUAAGCAAUGUCGGUGAAGUUACAAAUCUAGACAAGCGGGAGGCAUUACAACAGCUGGUUACAGCUUCCACUAAUAAUGACAACUCUAUAUGGUCUAAGUAUUUCAAUCAAAUUUUAACAACCGUCCUUGAGGUGUUGGAUGAUUCGGAUUCUUCUAUCAGGGAGCUUUCUCUAUCGUUAGUUGCUGAGAUGCUCCAAAACCAGAAAGAUUCUAUGGAAGAAUCUAUUGAGAUUGUCCUUGAAAAGCUCCUACAUGUGACCAAAGAUGUCGUAGCCAAGGUUUCCAAUGAAGCAAACCAGUGCUUAAAUGUUGUGUUGGCAAAAUACGACCCUUUUAGAUGCCUUGCUGUUAUUAUACCUUUAUUGGUUAGUGAUGAUGAAAAGAUGCUUGUCAUGUGUACCAACUGCUUGACAAAGCUUGUUGGGCGCCUUUCAGAGGAGGAAUUAGUGACCCAACUGCCUUCAUUUCUACCGGCACUUUUUGAUGCUUUCAAUAACCAGAGUCCAGACGUUCGCAAGACUGUUGUAUUCUGCUUGGUGGAUAUAUACAUUAUGCUUGGGAAAGCAUUUGUACCAUAUCUAGAGGGGCUUAAUAGCACGCAGCUGCGCCUAGUAACAAUCUAUGCAAACCGGAUAUCACAGGCAAGGUCUGGUGCACCGAUUGAUGCUAACCACUAGAUCAUUUUGUUUUGUAUACAAUAUGUAUGUAUCAUAUAUCUUUGAAUGGGUUUGGUUUCAUUCAUUCAAUUUGUAUAUAACAGACAGAUGUGCAUUGAGCAGGUUGGCCUUUCGUGUGUGCAUGUGUUCCUUUUAUUGUUUC